AUGACUGCAUAAAAUUUACCUGAACAAGAAGCAUUUCAGAAAUGGUUAUUUGGUUUUGAAAAAUAAAAUCCUUUUCUUUCAACUUUCGAAUACCUAUAUAUGGUUUUUCAUUAAAAGAAAAUCAAAAAAGAAGAAAUCACAUGCUAGAACAAAGAGCUUUUCAAUGCCAACUAGUCUAAAACAUCAAUCUUAACAAAAUAACUCAAUUAAUUGAUAUCGAGAUCACUCCAAAACAGUAAUGACAUUAGAGUAGGAAAAUUUGGAAUAUUUAAUGGAUCUGUUUCCAGUUAAGUUAAGUGA